AUGCUAUGGGGUUUUGGUGUGACAGAGGCCCUCAUGCUAUGGUGUUUUAGUGUGGUGCAGCCUCUCACACAACAGGGUUGUUGGUGCAAUAGGGCCCCUCGUGCAAUGGGGUUUUUUUAAUGGUGCAGCUCCUCAUGCAGCAGGGUUUUAGUGAGACACAGCUCCUCGUGCAAUGGGGCUUUUAUGGGAUGUAACCCCUUGUGCAAUGGAAUUUUCAUGUGAUAGAGCCCCCUCACAUACAGUGGGGUUUUCCUGUGGUGAGCUCCUUGUGCAAUGGAGUUACUGGUGCAAUAGGGCUGAUGUGCAAUGGGGAUAUUUUUAUGGGGCAGGCCUGUGUGCAAUGGGAUUUUUAUGUGAUGUAAUCCCCUCAUGCAGUGGGGUUAUUUGUAUGGGGCAGCCCCUCAUGCAACAGGGUUAUCAGGUGAUGUAACCCCUUAUGCAAUGGGGUUGGUGCAGUAGAGCUGCUUGUGCAAUGGGGGUUUUUGUACAGUGCAGCCCCUCGUGCAAUGGGGUUUUUAUGGGGUGUAAUCCCCCAUGCAAUGAAGUUUUCGCGUCAAUAACCCCUCGUGCAAAGGGGUUUUUAUGGGAUGGAACCCUCCGUGCAAUGGGGUUAUUGGUGCAAUAGGGCCCUGCAUGCAAUGGGUCAUAGGUGUGGUGCAGCCCCUCCUGAACAGGGACAUCAGUGUGACACAGCCCUGUGUGCCAAGGAGACACUCGUGUGACACAGCCCCUUGUGCCGUGGGGACAUUGGUGUGACACAGCCCCUCGUGCAAAGGGGACAUUGGUGUGACAGAGCCCCUUGUGCCAAGGGGACACUUGUGUGAUACAGCCCCUUGUGCCAUGGGGACACUCGUGUGACAUCCCCUCGUGCCUGGUGCUUGCUGGUGCAGGACAUAGUGUGACCCCUGGGGGUGGCACUGCCGGGGCAGGACCCUCCUGGGCUGUGCCAGCUCUGUCACCGGGAGGGUUUGGGGACCCCCUAAUGCCGCGUGUCCCCUGGGCAGGCGUGGAGGGAAGCCCAUGGCCCCCGGACCCCCGGACCGGCCCCACGCCUGGCCCCGGCCCCGCAGCCCCUGACUGUCACGGGACCCCUCCGGGCAGCCCCGGGGAGCCCCAGCAGGUCGCCCCCGCGCCGCCGAGCCAUGCGGGAUCGCCCGGUGCUGUCGCCAGCAGAGCAAUGAGCAGCUGCCGCUACAAUGGGGGGGUGGCACGGCCCCGGGGCCCCCCAAGCGCCGCCCGCACCCCGCAGCCGCCGCACCGGGACCCGCAGCCGCCGCAGCCCUGCCCCAGCCCCCGCCUGCAGGUAGUGGUGUCCCGGCCCGAGCAGCCCGGGACGGCGGAGCCCGGCCCCGCCACGGCACCCUCGGGGCAAGGGGCGGCGGAGGAGCGGCGGAACCAGAACAUCGGCUACAAGCUGGGCCACCGGCGAGCGCUCUUCGAGAAACGCAAGCGGCUCAGCGACUACGCGCUCAUCUUCGGCAUGUUCGGCAUCGUGGUGAUGGUCACCGAGACCGAGCUCUCCUGGGGGGUCUACACCAAGGAAUCGUCGUAUUCGUUCGCCCUGAAAUGCCUUAUCAGCCUGUCGACGCUCAUCCUGCUGGGGCUCAUUGUCAUGUACCACGCCAGGGAGAUCCAGCUGUUCAUGGUUGACAACGGCGCCGACGACUGGCGCAUCGCCAUGACCUCGGAGCGUGUCUUCUUCAUCGCGCUGGAGCUGCUGGUGUGCGCCAUCCACCCCAUCCCCGGGCAGUACCUGUUCACCUGGACGGCCCGGCUGGCCUUCACCUAUGCGGCCUCGGUGGCCCACGCCGACGUGGACAUCAUCCUGUCCAUCCCCAUGUUCCUGCGGCUCUACCUGAUCGGCCGCGUGAUGCUGCUGCACAGCAAGCUCUUCACCGACGCCUCGUCGCGCAGCAUCGGCGCACUCAACAAGAUCAACUUCAACACGCGCUUCGUCAUGAAGACCCUCAUGACCAUCUGCCCCGGCACGGUGCUGCUGGUCUUCAGCAUCUCCUCCUGGAUCAUUGCCGCCUGGACAGUGCGUGUCUGCGAGAGGUACCACGACAAGCAGGAGGUGACCAGCAACUUCCUGGGGGCCAUGUGGCUGAUCUCCAUCACUUUCCUGUCCAUUGGCUACGGGGACAUGGUGCCACACACCUACUGCGGCAAGGGCGUGUGCCUGCUCACCGGCAUCAUGGGCGCCGGCUGCACCGCGCUGGUGGUGGCCGUGGUGGCCCGGAAGCUGGAGCUGACCAAAGCUGAGAAACACGUCCACAACUUCAUGAUGGACACGCAGCUCACCAAGCGGGUGAAGAACGCCGCUGCCAACGUGCUCAGGGAAACGUGGCUCAUCUACAAGCACACCAAGCUGGUGAAGAAGAUCGACCACGCCAAAGUUCGGACCCACCAGCGUAAGUUCCUUCAAGCCAUCCAUCAGCUAAGGAGUGUGAAGAUGGAGCAGCGCAAACUCAACGACCAGGCCAACACCCUGGUGGACCUGGCCAAGACGCAGUCGGUGAUGCUGGAGCUGCUCUCGGAGCUGCAGGAGCGCCACGAGGAGCUGGGCCGGCGCCUGGGGGCCCUGGAGGUGCAGCUGGAGGCGCUGGGGGGGCUCCUGCAGGCGCUGCCCACGCUGCUCGGCCGCACCCUGCGCCAGCCGGCGGCCCGGACAGCCCCGGGGACAGCCCUGGGGACAGCGGGGACACCGCGGGACACCACCGCGCCCUGCAGCCCCCGCCACGGCAGCGACAGCAGCGACAACCCCGAGCUGUCCCCCCGGGCCGCCUCGGACAGCGGCAUGAGGGACAGCGGAUGAGGGACAGCGGCAGGACACCUGUGUGUCACCCGUGUCACCAUGUGUCACCUGUGUCGUCUCGGACAGCAGCUGAGGGAUGGCAGCGGGACACCUGUGUCACCGUGUGUCACUUGUGUCACCCGUGUCACCGUGGCCGAGGGACAGCAGCGGCACACCCGUGUCACUGUGUGUAACCUCGGGGUGAUGGGGACAGCACCGUGUCACCGUGUGUGACCAUCACCCUGGACGGCGGCUGACAGACGGCAGCGGGACACCUGUGUGUCACCCGUGUCACCAUGUGUCACCCGUGUCACCUCGGACAGCGGCUGAGGGACAGUGGCAGGACACGCGUGUUAUGUCACCAUGUGUCAGUCACCUCGGGGUGAUGGGCACAGCACCAUGUCACCGUGUGUCACCACGUGCCACCGUGUGUUCCCUCGGACAGCAGCUGAGGGGUGCUGGGACCACCCUCCUGUCCCCUUCUGUCACCCUCCCAUCCCUUUGGACUGUGGCAAUGGGGUGGGGGGGCCAUGGGACACCCCCCUGUCACCUUCUGUCACCUGGGACAGCGGAUGACGCCGUGGCGGGGGGGGGGUUGGGGACACCCCCAGACACCUUGGUGUCCCCCCAGUCCCAGGAGGGCGGUUUUGGCGUGUGGGGGGGGGGGGGUCUCAGAACCCUUUGUACCUCCCUGGUUUUGGGGUGCAGGGGGGUCUCCCAUCCCCUCACUCUCCCCGCGGUUUUGGGGUGCGGGGUAUUCCCCGUGUUUAUCUCUGGCCAUCGUGUGGCCGUUCCCGUAGCUUUGUUCUGGAAAGCUCUGUAUAAAAACUCCUGCGUUCACUGUGCUGGACCCCCCAAAUCCCCCCGGGACCCCCC